GAAACUUUUUUUUGUCAGCUCCCUGCAGUUCAGAAUUGAGGCAAACGCACUCCAGCAAACACCAUGCUGCUCAGACCUUCAGCUCUUCGAGGCUUUUUGUGUUUUCUCCUCUUGCCCAGUUUCUCCUGCUCCUGUCCCAGUCGCUGCCUGUGCUUCAGGACUACAGUAAGAUGCAUGCAUCUGAUGCUGGAAACCAUCCCCGAUAUCCCACCCCAGACAAGCAUACUAGAUUUACGUUUCAACCACAUCAAGGAGAUACAACCUGGAGCCUUCAGGAGACUGAAGAACCUCAACACGCUGCUGCUGAACAACAAUCAGAUAAAACAAAUUGUGAGAAGAUCCUUUGAAGAUCUGGAGAACCUGAAAUACCUCUACCUUUAUAAAAAUGAAAUUCAGAGCAUCCAGCAAAAUGCCUUCAAUGGGCUCCGGUCUCUGGAACAGCUCUACCUGCAUUUCAACAACCUGGAAAGUCUGGAGCCGGAGACUUUUAGUGACCUGCCUAAACUUGAAAGGCUAUUCUUGCACAACAACAAGAUUUCCAGGAUUCAUCCAGGGACAUUCUCUCAACUGGAAUCCCUCAAACGGCUGCGGCUGGACUCCAACGCUUUGCUCUGCGACUGCGACUUGAUGUGGCUGGCGGAGCUGCUGAAGAAAUACGCUGAGCAGGGCAGCAUCCAGACAGCCGCCACCUGCGAGGCUCCUCAGGAGCUGCACGGGCGCUCCAUCGUCACCUUGACUGCCCAGGAGUUUAACUGUGAGAGGCCUCGCAUAACCUCAGAACCCCACGAUGUCGACGUCCUCUUGGGAAACACAGUUUAUUUCACCUGCAGGGCAGAAGGCAACCCAAAGCCUGCGAUUAUUUGGCUGCACAACAAUAAUGAGAUUGAUAUGAAAGAUGACAAUCGCCUGAACCUGUUGCAAGACGGUACCUUGAUGAUCCAGAAUACUAAGGAGUCGGACAAAGGCGUUUACCAGUGCAUGGCCAAGAACAUAGCUGGGGAGGUCAAGACACAAGAAGUUGUGCUGCGCUAUUUUGGCACCCCAUCCAAGCCCACUUUUGUGAUCCAGCCACAGAACACUGAAGUGCUGAUUGGGGAAAGUGUCACCUUGGAGUGUGGGGUCUCUGGGCACCCCCCGCCUCGCAUCAGCUGGACCCUUGGCACGGGCUCUCCUUUACCGCAGGAUUCCCGUUUCACUAUCACCGGCUCUGGAGGACUGUUCAUUCAGAAUGUCACCUUCUCAGACCAGGGGCAGUACAACUGCAGCGCCAGCAACACCGAGGGGUCCAUCCAGGCGACUGCGAGGAUCAUAGUGCAAGAUUCUCCCAGGUUUCUCCUCAUCCCCACUGAUCAGACGGUAACUGAGGGACAAAGCGUGGAUUUCCCCUGCACUGCUGACGGUCACCCUCCACCUGUGAUUACCUGGACGAGGGCAGGUGGGCCACUGCCGAGUGACCGGAGGCACAGCAUCCUCUCCACGGGUACCCUGAGGGUGAUGAGGGUAGCUUUGCACGACCAAGGCCAAUACGAGUGCCAUGCCAUCAGUGCCAUCGGAGUGAAGACCCUCCCAGUGCAGCUGUCGGUGACACCACGAGUGAUACCCAUGUUCCUUCAUCCCCCCCAAGAUGUGGUGGCUGAGACAGGCCAGGACGUUUCCAUUACUUGCGCUGCCCAAGGAGAUCCACGCCCCACCAUAACCUGGGUCAAAGAGGGUAUCCAGAUCACGGAGAGCGGCAAGUUCCACGUAAGCCAAGAUGGGACCCUUUCCAUUCAAGACCUCGGCGUGGCUGACCAGGGCAGAUACGAAUGCAUUGCAAGAAACCCCUUUGGCUUCACCUCCAGCGCUAUGCAGCUCACCAUCACUGCCACGAAUGUUGGUCGGAGCGGCGACACGUUUGUAGCCACGUCGAUACGGGAAGCCAUCAGCAGCGUGGACCAUGCCAUCAAUUCAACACGAACUGAGCUGUUUAGCAAGCGCCCUAAGACGCCCAACGACUUGCUGGCUCUCUUCCGUUACCCUCGGGACCCCUACACCCUCGAAACUGCCAGGGCAGGUGAGAUCUUUGAAAGGACCUUGCAGCUGAUUCAGGAACACGUGCAACAAGGUUUAAUUGUGGACAUGAAUGUCACAGGUUAUCGGUACAAUGACUUGGUGUCCCCUCACUACCUGAACAUGAUUGCCAACCUGUCGGGCUGCUCUGCCCACCGCCGCACCCCGAACUGCUCUGAUAUCUGCUUCCACAAGAAGUACAGAACCCAUGAUGGCUCUUGCAACAACCUCCAGCACCCAAUGUGGGGUGCAUCUCUCACAGCCUUCCAGAGGCUCCUCAAACCUGCCUACCAGAAUGGAUUUAACCUCCCUCGGGGGUUUUCCUUGGCAGAAGAUGCCAGGGACCUGCCCCUUCCUCUACCCCGCCUUGUCUCUACCACCAUGGUUGGGACCGAGACCAUCACCCCUGAUGACGAGUUCACGCACAUGCUCAUGCAGUGGGGCCAGUUUCUGGACCACGAUAUGGACCAGACGGUGGCAGCCAUUAGCAUGUCCCGCUUCUCAGACGGAGCACCCUGCAGCAAGGUGUGCACCAACGACCCACCUUGCUUCUCCAUCACGGUCCCUGCCAAUGACCCCCGUGUGAGGAACGGGCGCUGCAUGUUCUUUGUCCGCUCGAGCCCUGUGUGUGGCAGUGGGAUGACCUCCCUGCUGAUGAACUCUGUCUACGCCAGAGAGCAGAUCAACCACUUGACAUCUUACAUUGAUGCCUCCAAUGUUUACGGCAGCACAGAGCAGGAAUCACAGGAGCUGCGGGAUCUGAGCAGCCAAAAUGGGUUGCUGAAGCAAGGGCAAGUUGUACCUAGCUCGGGGAAGCAUCUCCUCCCCUUUGCUGUAGGGCCACCCACUGAGUGCAUGAGAGAUGAGAACGAGAGCCCCGUGCCGUGCUUCCUGGCAGGAGACCACCGUGCCAAUGAGCAGCUGGGUCUCACGGCCAUGCACACACUUUGGUUCAGGGAGCACAACCGUGUUGCCACGGAGCUGUCGGUCCUCAAUCCCCACUGGGAUGGAGACCUCCUGUAUCACGAGGCACGGAAGAUUGUGGGUGCCCAGAUGCAGCAUAUCACCUAUGCCCAGUGGCUCCCCAAGAUUCUUGGGGAAGCUGGAAUGAAGAUGCUGGGUGAGUACAAAGGCUAUAACCCCAACAUCAAUGCGGGGAUUCUCAAUGCCUUUGCCACUGCUGCCUUCCGCUUUGGGCACACUUUGAUCAACCCCAUCCUGUACCGGCUGAAUGAAACCUUCCAGCCCAUCCGCCAAGGCCACAUCCCCCUGCACAAGGCUUUCUUCUCCCCAUUCAGGAUCACGCAGGAGGGUGGGAUCGAUCCCCUCCUCCGUGGGCUGUUUGGGGUUCCUGGGAAAAUGCGGGUCCCCUUUGAACUCCUCAACAUGGAGCUGACAGAGAAACUCUUCUCCAUGGCACACUCUGUCUCGCUGGACUUGGCUGCUAUCAACAUCCAGAGAGGGCGGGACCAUGGCAUCCCACCUUACAAUGACUUCAGGGUCUUCUGCAACCUCUCAUCUGCACAGGAGUUUGAGGACCUCAGAAAUGAGAUAAAGGACUUGGAGAUCAGGGAAAAGCUCAGGAGUUUAUAUGGAACUACCAAAAACAUUGACCUGUUUCCAGCACUGAUGGUGGAGGAUCUUGUCCCUGGUACCAGAGUUGGACCAACGCUCAUGUGUCUCUUAACAACGCAGUUCAGAAGGCUGAGGGAUGGAGACAGAUUCUGGUAUGAGAAUCCCGGAGUCUUCACGCCAGCUCAGCUGACUCAGAUCAGACAGGCGUCCCUUGCUCGUGUCAUCUGUGACAACAGUGACCACAUCCAGCAGCUCCAGAGAGAUGUCUUCAGGGUGGCAUCAUACCCUCAGGGCAUGGUUGGCUGUGAAGAGAUUCCCACCGUGGACCUCCGCUUGUGGCAGGACUGUUGUGAGGACUGCCAGACACGUGGACAAUUCAGGGCUCUGUCUCAGCGGUUCCGAAGCAAGAGAUCUCCUGGCUUCAGCUACCCAGAAGAAAACCCUGCCAAGCAUAAACCUGCCUUCCCCAGAACAGAGGCAUCUUCUCCAAGCCCUUCCUCCAGAGAGAAGAAUCUCGAGUCCCUUGUGGCUAAACUGGAGAAGACAGUUGCUUCCCUACAGAAACAGGUGACCACACUAGAAAGCCAGCUGAGGUGGCACCAGAGGAACACCAGCACGCAUGGACAGGGGAAGAAGACUGGAGACAAAUGGAGAAAAAGAUGACCCUCUUGCCUAUUCAUAUAAGGUGCCCUGUGACCUGCACUCCUGCUCUCCACCAGCCAAUCCAACCCACUCCUACAGGGCUCAGAAGCAGCGGCCACGAGACCCCACGAUGCUCUGCCUCCUCUCACACCCCUGUGCCUCUCCCCCUCCCAGGAUGACUGUGUUCUGCCUGUAUUGAACGCUCUGCACUGGCUCUCCAUGAGUCCCUCAGCCCCUGGACCUUCAUUACACUUGUCAGCCUCCAGGGAUGGGCUCUGCCCUCUUUGAUAGUGGCAGGUGGAUGGUCUGCUGAGAUGCCACUUCCUCCUGCAGUCCCCUGGAAAUGGAGGAUUAUUGAAGCUGCUUUAGUGCCACUGUGCUGCUCUUCUCCUCUUCCCACGCAAUGCUGUUGUCAUCUACCACUCCUUGUCUGAAAUGUCAUAGAAUCAUAGAUUCAUGGAAUGGUUUGGAUUGGAAAGGACUUUGAAGAUCGUCUAGUUCCACCUCCCUGACAUGGACAGGAACAACCCCCACUGGAUCAGGUUGCUCAAAGUCUCACCCAACCUGGCCUUGAUCACCUCCAGGAAUGGGGCAUCCACAACUUCUCUGUCCCACGGGGACCCAGGUGACCUAAUAAAUUAAGAAGCAAAUUCUUUCUUAAUGCGCUGUGGUGCCAGGAAGCAUCUGAAGAAAUCUGAAAGACACAAUAAAUUAAAUAAACAUGAAACUCGAAGCAACUCCCCACCCAUCUUCUGAUGCCAACGGAAAGAGCAAGAGGAACCUCAGGGCCCUGGCAAGCACCAUUUGGGCUGGGCUUGCAGCCUCUGCCAGCAGCGAGGAGGUGAACCCAGGGCACAAGGAAGUUUCCUGGCUGUUUGGGUGCUUCAGGAUGGGAUGACAGACACAGCAAUGCUGGGAUCAGCCACAGUGUUUUGCCAUUCGUUUGGUAGUGAGUGGCACAUCCUUGGUUACGUGACCCUGUGAGUGACCUACCGUUACGUGUCCAGUGCGCAAAACCCAUUGUCCUCGGCAUGACCCACGUUCUCCAACUUCCUGCUCCUUUAGAGUUUUAAUUGGAUUUAUGUUGCUCUUCCUUUCUUUUCUCCCUAAAAGACUCUUUGCUGGAAGAUAUAUUCCGAGUGUAAACGUAACAGGAUCUGGAACAGAACCUCAGAUAAUUAGAUGUAAUGGGCACUCUCAUUAGUGGAGAGGAGCUGCUGGUUUCUGUCAAUUAGUUCAGGAGAACACGAUGUGCAGCAUUUGACACACGGAUGAAUGCAAAGUCCUGUUUGUGUUUAUUGCUCCCAGGUGCUCUGCAACCAAACCAGGACUGUGUAACCAGCUCUACUGAACAGGUCAUCUGGUUUUGGUGCUCUUUGGAGGUGCUUUUUGGUGGUGCUACAACUAUAGUCCCUGUGUACCCACUGUAGUCCCAAAUCUACAGGCAGGUUGGAUUUUAAUGCAUCCUUGUAUACUGGUCAUAGGGACUAAAGAGAAAAUACUUGAUCCAUCAGCUCUCUGCGCCUUCCUUAUCUUCCCUGCAACCUCUCACCUUCUUUCCCACAGUGCAAGGACCAGAAACUUUUGUGAACAUGCUUAUUCUUUUCUUCUGCCCCCUUUAUUUUUAUUUUUAGAUGUGUUCUAGAACCAAAGGGAUUCAAAGCAGCAGGGAUGCUCCUGGAAUUUAGUAGGAAAAUAAAAAAGAUAUGAGAAAAAAAGGUGGUGAUUUAUCAGCUCUUUCCUGGCGUGGGACUCUGGGCUGUGCGUGCGUGUCCUGCGCAGACACAGGCUUGCAGUGAUGAGUGUGUGCUAUGCAUGUCUGGGAAGCGCAGCUCAGAGGCAGUAUUUAGUCCUCAGGGUUGUUUGUCAUUUUGAGGCACUCUUUCAUUUAGGUGCAAAUCAAGAUCCAGAGCCUUGUGUGUCAUAAAUCAGCUGCACUUGGCUAUCACUUGUACCACUCCAGAACCUAAUCUGGCAAAGGUCAAUAAAGGUAACUCAGUCUCCAGUCUCCUUCUGCAAACCACAAGUUUACCAAGUCCCCGUUCAAAACAGUCAGGCAUAAACGUUCGGUGCUUGAUCUAAUCAGAUAAUCUCUAAAUGCAUAACCAAGCAGCCUAUUUUCCUCCUGACGGAGCGGGAGCGUGACGUGAGGAGAAUGCUCAUCAGCAGUGCAGCAGAAAGACAGCAGAGGGGAUGUCCCUUCCCCGUGCUUUGCAAACCCUUCUGUGCUCCGUUCUCCGUUUCCCUCCCCACGCUGAGGUGCGAAAAUACACAGAGAAAUGGCACAUCCCUGCGUGCCACUGAGGGUGUGCUUGGGAGGUGGGGGAAGAUCUCAGGGGAACUACCCAGGUGUUCAGGUGCUGCUUUGGUAGGUAAGGAGCUAAAUAUUUUAUUAAAGCCUCCCUUUUUUCCCAGUUCCCAUCCAUGCAGAAACACACAGAGCAUAUUCGUGGACUUCUCUGUCUGGAAGAGAGUGGGGAAGGAACUGACCCCCAAACCCAGAUACUGAAAUCAGCUUUUGCAGGUUGAUUGGGCACCAGGGGACACGCAGGAUGCUGAUGAAGGGAAAGGUAGAGUUUGUUCUUCAUACGCCAUAUGGUUGCAGUUCAUAUCCUACACCUCUACAGUAAAGUUUCCUUUCUUUUUUCUAAACUAUCUCUUUCAAAACCCAUCUGCAUACCCCAAAUGAGCUACCCAGCCCAACUACAAGCAGAGGAGGAUGGAAAUAAUGGGCUUAAGGCCAGGAGUGGAGUUGCCAGGCACAAAACUUCCACUAAUUAGAUGGAACAGUUAAGUGACAAAGCCCAGGCAGGGGUUGGGGGCAGACUGGAAUUGGGGUUUCUAACCUGAGCAGUG